AUGGGCUGUGGAAAAUCUAAACUCGAUGUUGCUUCCCCAAGCUCCGUCCCCAAGAGCCAGAAACAAAGCGUCGAUGAUUCCGAGGUUGUUCAGGAAAAUGGUGCAGAAACAGAAACUAUUCAGAAGAAUGCCAUAGACAACAACAAUGUUGAGAAUGAGAACCUUGAAAAGGUUGCUGAUAAAUCCGAUGUUGUUGUUUUGGAUUCUAAGGAAACAACAAAUGUUCAGCAAGAGAAUGCAUUGGAGAAGAAGGAUGAAGCUGUUGUUGUUGAGAACAAGACACGGGAAAUCGUUGCUGCGGAAGAGAAAGAUGAAGAACAAUCCACCACAAAAAACCAAAAAGAGGUAGAGACUUUGGUGAAUGAAGUUGAAGAAGAGACAAAAGAUUCAAAACAGGGAGAACCAUUGGCCAAGGAAAAUGAAGAAGAAACAAAAGCUACAAAACAGGAAGAACCAUUGGUCAAGGAAGAUGAAGAAGAAGCCAAAGACACAAAUCAGGAAGAUAAUUUGACCAAGGAAGAAGAAACCAAGGAAGCGGUUCAGGAAGUGACUGUGGCCAAUGAAGAAAAAACCAAUGAGGCAAAUGUUUCCGCUUCUGAAAUUGAACAAAAAGAUGCCAAAGUUGAUGAGAUUAAGGAACAAUGA